UGGGGGUUGGAGGCUGACCGCCGGACGAAAGACAGCCUAUCAGCGGAAGAAAAAACAUGUGCAAAAAGAGUAUUUAUAGAGGGAAAUAAACCCGAGAACUUGCCUUCUCGAUAACUUUUUCACCCUUCGCACCAGCACUGGGUGUUUUGCUUUUGAAAUCGGCUCGUAGAGGAGCGAAUGGACAGAGCGGUGAAGGAGAAGGAAAGCCUCAUCACCGACGAUAGCCCUCACAGUCCAUACAGCCGUUCACAUUGUGUCUGUGUCCGUCCGUCAACCUUUGGGGGUGGAAAAGGAUUCACCAGGAAGGUUUAUCUUCAAGCAAUGUUGCAGCAUGCCGCAGUAUAAAACACAAUACAAGAUAAGCGGACAAGAAUACCAUGCCGACAAGUGAUUGCCCAGGCCGCUUCCCAGCAUUUGUGGCUCCGUCUCACAGCAACCAUCAGAGAUGUCCAGGUUACGUUCCCGGGCGGGUGGCUCCAGUCUGCUCGCCUACACCUUCCAAAGGUCCACCACCUCCGCCGUUGAAGCCACAUGGCCUGCGACUGCAGCAACGAACUGCACCCAAUCUGUCUGUUGAAAACCAGCGCAGGGUACCUUCUCUGAACCUUCGGCAAAGGAAAAACACCCUUAUCUGCUGUGGAGUCUCGCUGGGCACUUUCUUUCUUACACUUAUACUUGUCCUCAGUCUCACAAGUGGAGACGAGUUGGAUGAGAACUGUCCAGACCACCACUUAUCCCUUCGUAGCUGGAAUCCAGGUCACCAACCAGACAAGGAUAUUGUUGUCCAGAUGGGACAUUUGUAUAGACUGGAAUCUUCUGCCACCUUUCGUUCACUUACCAUCCAAUCAGGAGGUUGUGUAGUUUUUGCUGACAAUGUGGAUGGCAGCAGAAACAUAACCUUGAGGACUCAUCACAUCCUCAUAGAAGAUGGUGGAGCUCUUCAUAUCGGUUCACCCAAAUGUCGCUACCGGUCUCGUGCCACAAUUGCCCUCAUGGGUCGCUCCGACAACAAAGAUGUCCCGGAAGUCCGUUUCCUGGGCCGCAAGUUUAUUGGCGUCAUGAGUGGUGGAACGUUAGAGCUGCAUGGCACAGAGCGGGUUUCCUGGUCUCUGCUGACCCGAAGCAUCCCUGCAUCCGGUCUUGCCACCGGGGAUUAUGCCUUUCAGAAAAACUUCAGCCGAGGGAUCAACUUCCGAGUGUUCGACCCGGACACGUCUGCUUUGCUGUAUGCUGAACGCUAUGACACCCACGAUUCCUGGAAUGACAGUGUGCGACUCACCCAGCUGCUGCGCUCCCUACCCGCAGGGCGCAUAGUUGCUAUGGCUGUGGGAGACUCUGCCGUCAAGAGCUUGGUGGAUGAAACCAAGAAAGCUAUUAAAGAGGUGCUUGGCAGCAGGUUUGCCUAUGAUCUCAAAUACAGGCAGGCAUGGGCUUUGGUUUCUGUGGUUGGAGGUGGCAACGAGUCAUGCUCGGAGGAUGUAAGGAAACAUGAAAACCUCAACACAGGUGGAAGAGCUCUUGCAACUUGCAAUUUCACCACUGUGGACGGAGUGGACUUCUCAGUGUCUGCCUACAGCGAGUGGAAGAAUGGCUACCCCAUCAUGGGCUUCCUGGUAGACGCUGCAGACCAGGUGGUGCUUAACCUCCAAGAUGAAGUCCAGCAGACCUGGAAACCAGGUGAUAACAUUGUGGUCGCCAGUACAGACUACUCCAUGCACCAGGCUGAAGAGUUCACCCUGCUACCCUGCCCUCGGUGUACCAGCAGGCAGGUCAGGAUACAAGGGAAGCCUCGGUACAACCAUGUUGGUGAGAUCCUUGAUGGAGUCGACAUGCGGGCUGAAGUGGCUCUGCUCUCUAGAAACAUUCUUGUCUAUGGAGAAAUGGAAAACUCUUGCUAUGGAGACAACCUGUGCCAGUUCUUUAACCACGACACCUAUGGCGGCCACAUCAAGAUCUUCCGUAACUUCUCAUCAGUGCAUCUAUCCCACGUGGAGUUAAAAAACAUGGGUCAGCAACGAGAAAUGGGCAGCUAUCCGCUUCACUUUCACAUGUGUGGGGACGUUGACCAGAGAGGGGGCUACAGGGAGCCGACGUACGUGGACGGACUUUCCAUCCACCACUCCUUCUCCCGCUGCCUCACCAUCCAUGCCACCAAUGGGCUGCUGGUAAAGAACACCGUAGGGUACGACACGCUGGGCCACUGUUUUUUCCUGGAGGAUGGGAUUGAACAGCGGAACACUUUCUACCACAACCUUGGCCUCUUGACUCAGCCUGGGACUCUGCUGCCAACAGACCGCAAUGAGACUCUGUGCACCAGUAUCAAAGACAAAGUUUACAAGGGCUACACUCCCUCACCAAGUACAGAGUGCAAGGCAGUCUCAACAUUCUGGAUUGCCAACCCCAACAACAACCUCAUCAGCAAUGUUGCUGCUGGCUCUCAGGAUGCUGGAAUAUGGUUUGUGUUCCACAGCUCUUCCACCGGAGACUCUCAUGGGCUGGUACCAGAGACCAAGGCAGAGCUCACUCCUCUUGGAAUUUUUUACAACAACCGUGUUCACUCCAACUUUAAGGCAGGGCUGUUCAUUGAUAAAGGAGUGAAGAUUUCCAACGCCAGUGCUGCUGAUCCCCGGGAAUACCUCUGUCUAGACAACAGUGCAAGAUUCCGACCCCACCAGAAUGCGGACCCCAGUCGUCCUCGUGUGGCAGCAGUCAUUGACACCCUGAUUUCCUUCAAGAACAAUGACUUUGGAGCUUGGAUACGAGGUGGAGACAUUAUCAUCCAGAACUCUGGCUUUGCAGACAACGGAGUGGGUCUGUCUUUUGCCAGUGAUGGCAGCUACCCUAAAGAUGAAGGCUCCAGCCAGGAGGUGAGACAGUCUCUGUUUGUUGGUGAAAGCCAAAACAGAGGGACCAAUGGAGGACAGAAUAAAUACUGGGGGAUAGGAGGUACUGACAGAAAGAUGCGGACCCUGCCAAGAAACAGGACAUUCCCAAUCCGAGGUUUCCAGAUCUAUGACGGUCCAGUGCGUCUCACACAGAGUACGUUUCGAGGAUUCAUCCCCACACCGGAGCGUUACACCAGUGCUGUAGGCUUUAACUUAAAGAACACAUGGCAGCUGACCCCACGAAACAACCUGUCUCAGCUCAGCUUUCACUCCACUGUGGCUCUUCGGGCCUUCUUUGGUCGUCCUGGACAAUGGUUUGAAGAAAAUGACCUGGAUGGAGACAAAAACUCAAUCUUCCAUGAUAUGGAUGGGUCGGUCACAGGUUAUAGAGAUGCGUAUGUCGGCCGAGCUGACAAUUAUCUCAUCCAGCAUCCUGACUGUGUGAAAAUACCCGAGUGGAAUGGAGCGAUCUGCAGUGGCAGCUACUCUCAGGUGUACAUUCAAACAUGGGGAGCCCCUAGCCUGAGUUUGUCCAUUAACAGAGAUGAAUACCCUGAUGCACCUCUGGUACUGAGGGGUAUUAACAGCCAGGGGGCAUCAUCUCAGCAGUACCAGCCUAUCCUGAUGAUGAGCAAGAGCUACAGUCUGCACUGGAACGGACCUGCACCCAGAGAGGUUGUCCUCUCCCUCAUCAAUUUUGAUAAAGAAGACUGGGUUCUGAUUGGACUCUGUUACCCAUCAGACACCACAUUUCAGAUCAUGAGCGACAUCUACGACAGGCAAAAAAAUACGUUUGAUGACAUUACUGAUUACGGCCCUGUGUCUUCGCUGGCCCAGCUAGAGGCGAAGCCAACAGAAAGGAAGUACUUCUUUGACCAGCCUGUUGGCUUACUGUGGUUCUACCUCCGAGCCCGGCAUGGACGGGAUGGCCACAGCUACUGUUCAACAAAAGGCUGUGAAAGAGUAAAAGUCACAGCUACUACAUCAUCCAAACAGAUCUGCAACUGUACAGCCAAGGCGUACCCCAAGUACACAAAGACGCCCUCGGCAGUUGUGCCUAUGCCGGCUCAAAACCCGCAGCCUUGCACCAACUGUGGGGCUAAGGAGGUUGUGUUUUCUAGUGAGCCAUGGAUGUCCUACCUUCACACACAAGUGAAGUCUUUGAGCUGCAAAGAAGAAGAAAGAGGAGAUAAUGCCUCCUUUAUCACUGUGAAUAAAGUUACCAUGCAAUUUUCUCAACCUGGGUUUUUCCUGGUCUCAGUGGAUGCCUGUUCUGGAAAGGUUAUCAAGAAGGCCUCAUUUAUGAAGGUGGACACCAAGAUGAAACAGUAUCUAAAAACAGGAAUCCCAAAGCGGUCUAUAGUACUCUUGGCAACACGAGGUCAGCCUGAAGGUUUGGUUGAUGUGGCCCCACAUCUGGUCUCUUUUGGUUUAGCCAAAGCUGCUGAUGUCCACAAUAAAGAAAGUCUGGCAAUGUGGGGAUUCCAGGGUGCUUCCUCGCCGCCUACUUGGAUUUCUCUACAAGCUGGGCAAGAGGACUACGUGUUGGGGCUGCAGGAGCGCUACUUGCCCUUGAGUUUGGAGACUUAUGGCUGUUUGCCACCUUCAACUGAAAAACGCAAAGACCUGGAGCUUCUCAAGAAAGCCACAGAGCAACAAUAGCCAAUGUGAACUGUACAAUUUACCAAGCCAAAAAAACGUUCUUGCACACAAAUACACAAACACACAGCCGGUUGAUGAAUGCGAACUGCUGAGCUCUUAAUUUAUUAACAGUGACAAGUAUGUUUACCUAUACUGAGUGGGAAUAAGGAGUGAAAAUACGAAGGGGGUAAAUAUGUUUUAAUUUUAAAUGUGUGUUUGUGUUGGCCUGCCUUAGGGCCUUUUUUAAAAUUGAUGCACUUUUUUUUAUAGAUCUAUCAGCCAAAGCUUUAAAAAGUAAUAUUUAUCUUGGCACCACAUGAACAUAAAGAAAUUUACUUAUCACCAAAAAUGACAAAUUGAUAUCAGAUGGCAGUAAAUAAAAACAGGAUAUUUAAAAAAAAAAAAAAAAAACCCACAAUGGAUUAUCUUCACACAGAACUAAAGGAAAUUCUGAAAAUAAAUUAUGUUGUAGCUGAAAUUAGACUUUAACUAAAACUCAAAAUGAAGCGUGUGUCUGAAAGUUACAAGGCAAUGUUAGGCCAGGUUAAAACCUGUAGUGUAGGAAAGCGGAGCCAGUGAACUAUAUUCACAUUCAUUGUUAGGUUAAAACAACUUAACAGUAAUGUGGAGUAUAAUGAAUCAGGCUCUUCUGUGUAUCUACCUGAAUCUUAACUGGAAAACCUCUUCUGAUUAUUGUGCAGCUGAAAGACUUUUGACUUUGAGCACCUUUGUUUGGUUUCCUACUUGGAAUUACUGGAGCUUCUGUUUCAUUUUUUAUUUAUCUUUUCACAGUGAUGACCUUUGAAGAACUUUGCCUUAUUUGCAGCACAAUUAGAGAUUACUUUUCUUCAUUUUUUCUGAACACACCUGAAUGUCUUAACUGUUGUCUGUCUCAUUUAUUACCUUUUUUAUGUGCAUCAUUACCAAAAUGGACUGAUGUCAUUUAAUUAAAUUGUUUACCAUACUGUGCAGUAGUAGUGAGCAGAAAAUGCCUUAAGAUCUUAUACCUGCUGAGAGUUGUGUACAGCUGUACCUUAGGAUGAUGUAUUCUUGAACAUGUGUAUGGAUGUGAGCAGGGCUCCCCCACUGAGCAUUGAGAAGUAUGUUUAUGACUGAUUGUGAGACAGUCGGAGUCCAAUAAUAACCUUGUUGCCUUUUAACCACUGUACUGUUAAAAAAGAGCAGAAAAGGGGGUGAGAUUUCUAUUACUCACCCUGAUACUUUUAAAGCGCACGAACUAGAUAUUUUCAUUCAUUCUAAGUAAGGAAACCUUGUAAAUAUGAUUCUGUACUUGUACAGUAGAAAUUGUUGUCAAUAUUGUAUUUGCUGUCUUUUUGCUUUUUGUCACUUGUUGAGUUAUUGUAAAUGUAAAAAACAAAUAUUUUGACAUAAAGGUUCUGCUUUUGUUAUAAAAUCUCUGGUUGAAUAAACUAAAUUAGUGCUUUUUGAUAAA